AUGAGUCGAAAUUCAGACGAUGUUUUGCGUUGCGUUUGUACCGUCUCCGGUGAUCGAAAAGAAUGUACUGUCGCCAUUGAGGGCAUCGUUCAUAAGUUCUUCGGUAAAAAUGCGAAAGUGAUUCGAAAUAAGUCCGCUUCCGGAGCGCAGAACUAUGAUUAUGAAGUCCAGUUACCAAGCAACGAGGCGCCCAAACCUGAGGAAUUACAGAAAGUACAUAACCUCUGUCGUAUCAAAGUUCAAGCUAUAUUGCGAGAACUCGAUCCUCUACCAAAGUCAGACAAAGGAAAAGGGCCAGUGCAACCUCCAAGUUCUGAUUCAAAGAAAGUUCCCAAGCCACCCGCAAUAAAAGACAGACCAGAUACUAUUCGCAUUAAGAACAUACCGGUAGCGUACACGGAAAAGGUUCUUGAAGUAAUAGUUCAAGAGGAAUUUCGUAGCAAACCCAAGAUACGAAGCCUUGCGCUUCAUACGAGAGAACAUCUUUGUGCUACCGUUACGUUUCCAGACGAGGAGUAUGGGUUUCCAACAGAGCAUUUACCAAAAGUGAUCCUAGCACGCCAAUCACAUUCAGAUGUACCGGAGAUACAAUAUGAUGCGGAUUUCCUGAACUUCACAACUUUGUAUAAUGCCAGUUCUGAGGGGUUGCAAGCUGAUGUAGAUAUCGUAGCCGUGGUGGGUCUUGGAACGCACGCCUUUGGGACUUUCCGUUCCACAACUCCUGGUAGUCAUGAGAUGUGGUUGAGAGAUUUCCUCCCCAAAGAUAUUCGAAACAUUCGUGUCCUGUUGUAUGGAUAUCCGUCCACUGUCUCUGGAGGUCAAUCCAUGGAAAAAAUCGAGGAUAUAGCAAGUACCUUCUUGAAUAGAUUGACAAUGCUUCGCAGAAACACUUCGACACGAAAUCGGCCUAUAAUCUUUAUUGGACAAAGUCUUGGAGGCCUGAUAGUCCAGGAGUCACUUCUCAGAGCUGCAGAUAGUCGUGAUCCGUACGAGCGUGAGAUAUUUGACUCCUGGCACGGACUUGUCGGCUUUGGUAUCCCAAUAGCAGGUCUCAACAACCCUUCUCUUAUUGAAGCUGUAAAAUCACAACCAAACAAAGUUUUGAUCGGCCAAUUAUGUCGUGAUCGUGAAAAUGGCACACCUUCUACUUAUCUCAUCGAGUUAAAACACAGAUUUGAGAGUUGCUGCAAGCGGAAAGAAAGAUCCUCCUCGCAUGCACCAGAAGUGUUGUAUUUUUGGGAGAGGCAUUAUUCCCAACCUCGAACACGAAAUGGCAUUGUGGGCGAGAAGAUUCUCAUGGUAGAAGAUAGCGCAACGCCAGGUGCAAGAAAUCUACCUCUGAACUCCGACCAUUCUGGCAUGGUAAAAUACAGCAGUAGAUCUGACCUACUUUACGAGGAUGUUUCGAGCAAUAUAGAUGGUAUGGUCUGUAGUUUGGAAGAGCAGAGAAUUGCAGUCCAGUCUACCUCAGGCAAUGAAUUCUCCCAAAGAAGGGGGGAUCAAAUUAUCAAUGGACCAUCGGCUCCGAGAAGAAGAGGCACCUUCCUCUCCCAAGAUGAGUUGGAGACAACAUUAGCCUAG